UUUGACGUUAUUUGCAGUAGGUUCUUUUCUUGUUCUUGGUUUUAAAAGUAUUACGUCGUUUUCAGUGUGUUUCACUCUUUACUUUGCGUGCCAAUAUGUAGCCCUCUUUAUCUGACGAAUUCGGAACUAAACACUAGUGACAAAGGAAGAAAAAUCAGUUAUUGAGGGUGAAACAACGAACAGGCAAGCUACUGAGGAAAGAGAAAAGAGAAGAGCUUGUUGCAAAUGGCAUUUUUGACAACCCAAGAGUAUACAAAUAAUUUAAAUGUGCAUUUUUUAGAAAAACUCCAUAAUCUGCCACCAGUAUUUUAUUUUUGAUGAUUUUGUUGGUGUUGAAAGUUGUAUCUUAUGUCUUUGUAUGUACUGAUCUACGAAUAGGUUAUGUUUCCAACUUUCAUUAGCAUCCUAGAUAUUCAAUCAUGGUGGGAGGUCCCAAGUAUCGCUCACUUUUGUUCGCUUUUUCGAACAGCUUUUAAUCUCUUAGAUUUUGAUAUUGAGGAUCUUGAAGAAGCUCUUCUUACUGAUGGUACAGAAGAAUAUUCUUGGCUACAAGAUUUAAUAGUACGGCUUUUAAGUGGUUGUCUUAAAAAUAAUGGAAUCUCAACUUUUAAUUACCAGAUGUUCCUGAGAAGGUUGUUCCGCCAAAAAUGCCAGGAACACGAUCGUUAUAAUCCGUUUAACACAGAUAUUGAUUUUCAGCUUCUACCGCUUAGAACUAAAGUUGAUAUUUUGCAUGCCCUUUGUGACUUUCGCCUAGAUGCUACUGAUGUGUUAGACCAGCUAAAAAACCUAGAAGCAGAUAGUCUUCGAGUAGAACCUCUUGGAUAUGACAGUAAUGACUCUGCGUAUUGGUACUUUUAUGGGACCAGACUGUACAGGGAAGAUUUCACAUCAAAGAAUGAUAAAAAAAAGACUGUAUGGCAAGUUAUUUGUUUUACACAAGAUGAUUGGUUGCAAUUGACCAAGAAAUUUAAGAAGUCCACAAAUAAAGCAGAAAGGCAGUUACAUCAUACUUUAAGUGAAAAUUUUCUCCCAGAAUUGCCAAGAUUGUUUAAGGAAAAAGAAAUCCUAGCUAGGAAGAGGUUGUUGGCUACGUUGCCUAAGAGGACUUCUAAUAGGUUAAAACAGCAGGAAAAAGAACUGACUGAAGAAAAUAAUUUUUUGAACCAAUAUCUGAAAGAGCAGGAAUCUAAGGAAGCCGAGGCAGAGGUACAGAAAAAAGAUUUGGAGUCCAGGAGGCAGAAGGCUUACGAAAGGCGUAUUAAAUUAAGAGAGAAUAAAGAGAGUGAUGCUUUGAGUGAGACAUCAGUAGAUGAGAUGGCAGGUACACGGAGUAAAAAAGCAAAAAAAGUUGAAGAAACCAAGAUUUCAAAGUCUGGCAAAAAGAAGGAAAAGCAGAGCGAUGAACCAACAAUAUAUACAUCCAAACCGACCACUGUUGGAAGGCAGACCAAUAACUCUCUUUCAGCAGCUACUGGCCAAAUAGUUAUAGAGCAAGUUAAAAACCCCAAUAAGAAAAAACUGAAAACAUCUCAAGUAUUUCGUCAAACUGACGAAGAUUUGGUGACAGGAAUGCACAAAAUUUUGGAUUAUGUCAAAAACCACGAGGAUGCAUGGCCUUUUACAGAUCCGGUAGAAGAAGAAUAUGCCCCUAACUAUUACACGGUCAUCAGAAAACCUAUGGAUCUACAACGUAUGGAGGAGAGACUAGAUUCUGGUUUCUACAAAUCGUUUGACAGAUUCCGUGCAGAUUUUCAAUUGAUCGUUGAUAACUGCAAACUCUACAACGGUGCAGAAAAUGAAUAUACUGAAAUGGUCGACAAUCUCCUUCAAGUCUUCGAAAAAGCCACAGAAAAGUAUUUAGACCACAUCUCCUCAUCUGACGAUGAAAUAGCCAUAGAAUUCUCUAACGAAGAAAAAUCAAAGUCCAAAAAUAGAUCAGAUGAACCAGUAAACGAAAAAACUUCGACAUCUCGAAGGAAACCCAUGUUGGUAGCUCAGACAGACAGGAAAAGGGAACGAUCAGAAUCUGAAGAAUCCAUCAAUAGCCUAAGAUCCCAUGAAUCUCCUUAUCGAGAGGUCAACACAAGAUCUGCGAAGCACAGGAAAGUUGAACAUGUUGAAGAGACGCCGGAAAAGAUUAGCAAAGCUGCUAAGACAAAAAAAGAAAAAGAUGAAUCAAAAGUAAAGAAGGAAAAAGAAGUUAUGAUCAAAAAACAAAAUGAGAAGGACGUAAAGUUAAAAAAUGAAAAGGUAAUGGUGAAAACGAAAAAAGAAAAGGAGGAGGUGAAAAUGAAGAAGGAAAAGGAAGAGGUGAAAACCAAGAAGGAAAAGGAAGAGGUGAAAACGAAGAAGGAAAAGGAAGAGGUGAAAACAAAGAAGGAAAAGGAAGAGGUUAAAACCAAGAAGGAAAAGGAAGAGGUUAAAGCGAAGAAGGAAAAGGAGGUAAAACCUAAAAAGGAGAACGAAGAAUCAAAGAAAUCUAAGGCGUCUGAAAAGAAAAACAAAGCAGAAGUGAAAGAAAAAGAGACAAAGAAGGAAAAAUAUUUAUCCAAGAAGGCGUUAAAGAAUAAAACUAAAAAGGGCAACAAAAAGGAUAAAAAGAAAAAGGGUAAAACCAAGACUGUGAGUCGAAGCCCGAGCUUAAGUCCUCCACCAAGCGAUAGUCCUCCUCCUUCCAGUCCUGAUAUUAGAUUCGAUUUCUUUCCUAGAACAUUGAAGAAACCGCACCAGUAUGAGUCUGAUAUUGAAAAUUCCAUUCAAGAAGAUAAACACCGUACAAAGUUCGACAAAUUUUUCGACGAUUUUAGUGUACUGGACCAUCAUUUUGACCAGAAAAUAAAAAGAGACGACGAGCUCUUACCAUUUUUCCCGAAGCCAAAGGAAAAGCACAACAAACUAAGAGAAACUAUAGAAAAACUCAAAGCUCUUAGCGAAAACAAAUUAAAAGACGAAUUUGAUUUUGAAUUGGAGCAUUCCAAAGAAAAUAAAGAUAAGUCUAAGAAAGUUGAAAAGGAAGAGAAACAUAAGACUAAGAACAAGGAGAAGGCUCAUAAGCCGUUCACUAAGGAAGCGGAGAUAGAACUGGAAGAGGGAAACAAUACAAUGGAUAGCAUUCAGUCAGAUGGACAGAAAACUAAAAAAUCUACGACCUCAACAAGUUCAAAUAUUAUCAGCAAGGCCCAGGCUGCUAAUUUUGACGCUUUGACUAUAGCCACUGAACAAACAUUAAAAGACAUAAACAAAUGGCUAGAUGACACUCCUAAAUUCGCAGAAUUCAGCUCCGCCAGUAAUUCUCCAUCGUACGCCGGUUUGGACGACCUUGACACACUUACAGGAAAAAUAGAUCAAGUUCCUGGCAAAAAAUUGGACAAACCUUUGACGGCAAUUAAGAAGGAUGCAGCUAACAAGGAUCCUAAAAAGAAACCGUUUCGAGAUCCUUCCAAGUUCUUUAAAAGAAGGGAAGUUCAAAGAACGAUCGAUCGGCUACAGCCGGGAAAAAGUAAAGGAAAUCUCAUAACGAACGUUCAGGCUACAAGCAAAGCGGAUGAAGUAUUUGCUCUUGGUCCGCUUUCAAAAUUAAAAGAUACCAAGAACUCACUAAUUGUUAAAACAAAUACCAAUGCUCCGAAGUUAAGUUUAGGAUCUGUUUUAGAUAGUUUCGGAAAGCAUAAGUUUGUUGAUGAUCAAAAGAAAGAAGAAAAACAGUUGGAAGAGGUUAAAUUAGACGAGAAACCUGCCACGCCUGAUAUAAAAAUGGAUGUUGAAAGCUCAAUCAGUAUUAAGAAGCCGGAAGAAGAAAUUGAGAAAAAAUCGCAAGAGCCACCUGUUACAGAUGAUACUGGAAGCGGUGGUGCAACCCCUAAUCUGAGCGCUUGGUUCAAGGCUUUCGGAGCCCCAAAAGUACAACCAGUCACUAAAAGAAAUGACACUAAAUCGGAAGUUGAAAAAGAAAAGAAUGACGAAAGCAAAUCAGUGGAUGUUCGUAAAGUGACAUUACCCCUUGUCUCUCCAAGUACGGACAUUCACGGACAACCCAUUUCCAGGCAAAGACGAAUUAGUACAGGAAGCAGCAUGUCUGAGCGUUCUAGUUUCAGCCAAGACAUGGAUUCGCCGAGAGUUGGAAUGGAUGAAAGAGGAGCUUAUCCUGCUCCAUAUCCUUCACCAUUGCAUAGAUCUCCUACGGGAGCGUCUCCAAUUAUGGCGUCACCUCGACCGGAUAUUUCUCCAAAAACUGCGUACUCCACUAUCAAUGGACAAAUCAGGGUAGGAUUUUAUCAAGACACUGUAUCGAAUAAGAGCAGUCCAGAUAAAUCUUGCAGUCCUCAGGAAAAUUCUCAGUCUCCUUAUCCACAUUAUUCUGAACAUGUUUAUACCCCAAACACGACUGAUAAUUCUUACUAUUCAUACACAAAUCCUCCAUAUUACACUCACGUUCCUAAUUAUUCUAGCACAAAUCCUACACCCCCGUAUAAUUCCGAAGGCAACUAUUCAUACUAUGACAGUAAUAAAGCACAGACACCUCAAAACUACACUGCCAAUUCGCCUGCUAGUAAUCAUUCUUCUCCUCAUCAUCAGCUAUCAGCUAACGUAUCUCCAAAUAUGAACGCUGAUCGAUCGCCAGGGAUGAAUUCACCUAGUGUUCAUUCACCCAAUAUCCAUUCUCCAACAGUUUACUCCCCUCAUUCGCCAACAAUUUUGCCACAACAUUCACCUAAUAUCAACCCCCAAUAUUCUCCCGGGUUACUUCCACAACAGUCUCCUGGCGUUCACCCACAACAUUCUCCUGGAGUUCACCCACAACAUUCUCCUGGAGUUCACCCACAGCAUUCUCCUGGAGUUCAUCCGCAACACUCUCCUGGGGUUCUCCCGCAACAUUCUCCAGGUAUGCACAGCCAACAUUCCCCUGGCGUUCAUCCACAACACUCUCCCGGCGUUCACCCACAACACUCGCCCGGUAUUCAUCCACAACACUCGCCCGGUAUUCAUCCACAACAUUCUCCCGGUGUGCAUCCACAACAUUCUCCCGGUGUGCAUCCACAACAUUCUCCCGGUGUACAUCCACAACAUUCUCCCGGUGUACAUCCACAACAUUCUCCCGGUAUACAUCCACAACAUUCUCCCGGUAUACCUCCACAACCCUCUCCUGGUGUACAUUCCCAACACUCCCCAAUUGUUCAACGACCUCCCAGUCCUAUAUCUGCAAGCAUGUGUUCAAAUUCAUCUGAAGUGGAGCACUUCCAGUCUCAAGAAGAGCUUAGCAAACGUGGUGACAAGAUACAGUCUCAGACAGCAAUCUUCCCUGUUAAGAAAAGAGCUUACAAUGAUAAUGAAAUAUUGCAAAUUAGUAAUCAAAAGUUCGAAAUAGCUCCGCGUCUAACGCAACAAAUAGAAAUGAAGAAGAACCAAGAAGAUGGGUCCAAGGAAAAAGUAGAUGCCAAACCGUAUGUUCACCAAAACAUCCCAGAUCCUAAGAGCUUAAACAUCCCGAAUUCUGAAGACUUUUAUCCAAAACCUCCUGCGCAUACUUCUCAAUUACCAACGGCUCAAGCAGCAUCUGCUUAUAACUUUAACACCGAUUCAAACUACUCUCUAAAUAUACCAAGUAGAGAUAGAACGAUAGCUUCUUCACAAUCGAGCAAAAUCGAUAUGUCGAAAUACACUAACAUGGGCUAUACAGGACCUGAUGUCAAUACUAGAUCUAUUUCGCAGUUAGGUUUUCCUUCCACAUCAAUCCCUGCUACUUUGUCACAGAAACAAGCGUCUGCCCAGUCGUCACUCGUGACGUCUUCAGCUUCAUCUAGCGACAUGUCGAUGAGAUAUGGUAAUCCUAACUUAGCUUUACAACAAAUGGGAUAUAAAGGUGUUGAAUCAACAGCUCCGCAACAGGCUCACACAAACUACGAGUCGUCUGUUCCGCCGAACGCAAGAACCGAAGGCAUUAACGAACGAUUAUCCCAAAUGCAAAACGUGUCCAAUUCCAGCAUGUCCCGGUCUAACUACAACGCGUCCUCAGUGGAUGUAGGUAGGACCAUGGCCAAUCUGUCACAUAUCGUGGACAGAUUCAGCAACGAGGAGAGAGUGAUGGUCGGUCUCCAAAACACACCAUCGUUUUAUGGCGAUAAAGGUUUAAGUUCGUCCCAUAUCUUGAAUAAACCCAUAUCAAGCAACGCUUCAGCUAUGCCGAUAUUCAGUCAGGCUAAUAUGGCGGCUAUACAGUCGUACAACCAGAAUUUGCAGGCUUCUUCGACCUCGUUGUACAACAGGCCUAUGGCUGAUCUGCAAAAUGCUGGAGUUAUGCAGAGUGACUUAAAAAACAACCAGCAAAUACAAGAGAAGAAAUCCAAAAAGAGAAAAAGUAGUAAAAAUGUUCCUGCCAGUUCUUCGGAACCUCAGCAACAAACCUCCACCAACCAGGGCUUCCAAUCGUACGCAGGUUUGAAAGGAAAUUCAUCUCUUGAACCCAGUGCAAUAUCGCUUAAGACUUCCAGUGUGGUGCCGGGAAGUGCAUUUAACUUCGGACCUACACCUGCCGGUCUCGGUAUCGGUUCGGGUAUCUACGCGGACAAAGACGCUUACUCGAACUUCCUUGACGAGUUCCGGUCAACGCCGAACUACUACAUAGCCGCUGCGGCUGCUGCUCACCAUCGAACACCCGAAAACACGGAGAAACAGACGCGUCCGGCGCACCAGAACUCAAAUCCCCAAACUUACCCAUUUUUGGGUGCUCCGCAUGCCCGAUCUACUUACCCGAUCGCGGGACCGUUCAUCCCCAAUGCCCAGGCUCAACUCAUGGAUACCAGCUCGCCGUUGUACCAGCAUUACCUGCAGGCGGGUGUGCUGAAUCAGAGCCUGUUGCCGCAUCCGGGGACGUAUCCACCAGGAUACCAUUCGGCGUUGAGCAUGAGACAGCAGUACGAUUCUAUGAACAGGCCGCCGUGGUUGUAGUUUCCUUUAGGCUAAAAGAUCAUUACCAAAGACGUGCAGGUGUGUACAUAGUAGGUUUUUAUAUACAUUAUAUACUGUGUAUAUAGAUAGAUAUCAGUGGUGGUAUAUAGAAUUUGUCAAAGUUUCUACCAUAGUAUAAUAUGUAUUGCCUCGGUAUCACGUCAUUUUUGUUUAUGUUUUGUUUAGGUAUGCCGAGACCUUAUCUAAACAAUUCUUGUCACCUAUAAUAAUCGCUGCUUAGGUAUGUCAAGGCCUGGUCUAAACAAGUCCCGUCACGUUACCUAUAAUGUUCACAUAAUAUUCGCUAUAACGUAAUUUUUCGUUUUAUUAAAAAUAUAAAAUCUAUAAAACGAUAUAUAGGGUGUUUCAUCUCAAGAAUGUCUAAUCUCUGAGUUGUAGAUUAGAGACCUCAAAAUAUUAAGAUUUAACCAAAAUCAUUUGAAUAAAAUAUGGCUCCUCACUGAGGUACAGGAUUUUUUAUUUAAAAACUAUUUUUGCUCAGUAUUUUAAAACUAUUCGAUGUAUCCUUUUCAUACUUGGCUUUUCAUCCUUUUCCUACUUGGCAGAAAGUGUAAGUACUAUACAUCCUAUGAAUUUAUGUUAAAUAAACGUUUCUGGCUAUUACCAGAGGUGUACGACAGGGGAUAGUGAAUGGUUGACCCUUCCCAAAUUCUACGCCACUAGCGAAAUUGCCAUUUUUGCGCAAUUUUUCGAUUCACGAAUACUCUCUAUGUAAAUAACAUACUCUACUCGUAACGAUAAAGUCAUUCGUUUUCGAGAUAUUUGAAGUUAAGCAUGUAACGGCACAGAUAUUUUGAUUGAUGUAUUGUGCUGCUUAAUUUUAAACUUCAAAUAUCUCGAAAACUAAUGAUUUUAUCGUUAAGACUGAAGAGUAUAUUAUUCAUUUUUAACGAUAAAAUCAUUAGCUUUCGAGAUAUUUGAAAUUAAAAAUUUAGAGGCACAAUACAUUAAUAAAAAUAACUGUGCCGUUACAUGUUUAACUUCAGAUAUCUCGAAAACUAAUGACUUUAUCGUUACGAGUGAAGAAUAUGUUAUUUAAAUAUAGAGUAUUCGAGAAUCGAAAAAUUAUUAAUAAUUGGUCAAUGAUUCACUGUCCCCUGUCAUACGCCUCUGGUAAUAGUCAGAAACGUUUAUUUAACAUAAUUUCAUAGGGUGUAUAGUACCAACACUUUCUGCAAAGUAUGAAAAGGAUACGUGGAAUAGUUUUAAAAUAUCGAGUAAUAAAAAUACCCUGUAAUUAAGUAACGAGCCAUAUUUUACUUAAGUGAUUUUGGUUAAAUCUUAAUAUUUUGAGGUCUAGAAUCUACAAUUAAGAGAUUAUACAUUCUUAAUGAAACACCAUGUAUAUUGAAUUGAGCUCAAAUCUGCUCUUGGAUAAUUAUAUUAUAUUAACUUAAUUUAUUACAGUGACUUAAUUUGUUCAGCGUAUGAGGUCUUCCUUAAAAUUAGAAUUUACAAAAAUAUAUUAUAUAUUUCUAAAAUUGUUUGUUUUCAAUAACAUAAAAGAAGAUAUUGUAAGCUUAAGGUCAUUUCAUGAUAUUCUAGAGGACGUGUAUAAGGGGGGGGGUGGAUGCAAAAAGAAUAUAGUCAUUUUAAUUUUGUUAUCAAAAUCUUAAGCAUUUUAAUGCAAAACGCUUUAUUUUCAUUGAUUGACCUAUUAUCUCUUGUUGCUAAUAAAUUAUGGGACAAUAUAAAUCAGAUUUUAAUCUAAUUGGACGAAUCAGUGAUAUUCUUUUAAAUUAAUCCCAAAAUAUUAUCGAGACCUCUGGUACAUACUUUGACAGAUCUAGUACCAUCUACUAGCCACAUUUUUGUAAUUUCACCAUAAUUUUAAGUAUUGCUAAUUGAUUUAUUAGUUCUAAUUUGUAUGUCACAGGAUUAAUCAAAAUAUUUUUAAUUCAUAUCAAAAUAUUUUGUUCUUUACAGAAAUUAUAGCUCUCUAGAAGUGUAUACGCUAAAUCAGUAUCUGCAAAAAACAAAUAAAAUAUCAAACAAAAUAUCUUACAAAAUAUUAUAAAGUUAUUAUUUAUUUACAUUACUUUUCUAUUAAUUUUAUUGUAUUUCCUUUAUGUAUAAUAGAGCACAUUACUUUUAUAUAAUUGAAGCAUGAAAUCUUUUAGACUGAUUCUAGCGUCCAGAAUUGUUUGUGUGAACCUCUGAUUGGAAUCGAUUAAAAAAUCUUGUGCGCGAAAGUCAGCUGGAGUUAAAUCUGGCGAAUACGAAGGAUAUUCCAUCCACAAAUUCGCCUAAAUUCUGUUUUCACAGAACCAAAUUACCUUUUUUGAGCGUGUGCUCCUUAUGAGAUGGAAUUCUUUGGUUUUGCAAACCAACUCUUAUCUCUUAUUUUUUUGUAUUUAAUUGGCUAACUAUAUUAGCUAUGGCAGAGUUGCACUUUGUUGUUGUGAAUCGAUUAAAUCUACAUUUCAUGUGUCUUAACAAAUCAGUGCAGAAAAUCCGUUGGAUUCUUUAAAAAAAACGCCAACAAGAAUAAAUAUGUCUCGUGCUUGUGUGCAGAUUUCAAAAAUUACAAAUACGUCAUCAGGUUUAAGCUCCACUGUACUUCUUUUUCUGUUGAUAAAUAAGGUACUUUAUCUUUCUCUUUUAUACAGUUUCGGCAAGUUUCAUCAAUUUCUGUUUAAUUGCUAAUCAGUCAUCAAAGAGAAAGAUUAUGGAUGUAGUUAUGAUGGAAUGAUAUUCAAUUUGUAGUGGUAUUUGUGAACUAAGCUCAGAACCCCAUGCUGCCUUCUUAUAAAAAAUAUUUUAUGUGGAAAUCAGUUCAUUUUUCCGUUAAUAAUUUUUUGUGAAUCUCGUUAAGCCUUUGCAAUGCUCUAUUGUGUCUGAGACGAGUUUGUCUCCAAUAACAGUUUCUAAAUGAUUGCAUGUGUUCAUGGCAAUGUAAUGUUGUUCAUAGAUGAGAUCGGGAUUUAAUACAUAGGUAUACAUACAUCUGUCAAAAAAAAACUAUUUGUUGUAAAAAUUAUCCAAAGUAGAUUGAUGCAGCUAAUUAUUGUCAGAGCACAACUGUAUUUAUAUAACCAAACUGUGAUAGUCUUCAAUGAAUCAUCUUACCAUUUUAAAGAUUCACUAACAAAGAAAAAGUAAUAAAUUCAACGUUUUUAUAAAAUCGAUACCAAUUUAUUUUAAACUAAAAAGGGGUAGUUCCCUAGGUUGGCUGUAUACCAUAUAGUUAAAAAACUCUAACAUGAAGUAAAAACCACUUCUAUGUAAUAGGUAUAUUUAUUAAAAAUUUUAAAAAAUCCCAAUGGAUUGAAUAAAAUAUGUCCAAUUUAGAACGUUUUCGGACAUAUCAGUCCAUCAUCAGUGAAUUCAAAUACUUGCUAAAUAGCCCCAGAACCAAACAACGCACAUAGGAGUAUUUAUUUAAUAAAACCGGACAAAAGUCGAAAUCGGCAACUUAAAUAAAACCCUGACUAAACCAUAUUUUCCCCUACCUAAGUAACCGACCCAUCU